AUGUCAGGCACUUAUGCCCAUGAGCUGGCUGCUCGUGCCAUGGUUACGUUAGCCUUUGACCUUACUGGUUGGGGUGAAAGCAGUGCUUCGACGGAAGCUCGUAAAAGAUUCAUUGUAGACCCAACUGUCAAGACUGCGGAUAUCCAGUCUGCAGCCAAGUGCAUGCUCGGUCGGGACGAUGUGGACAAGACCAAACUUUCUGGAUUUGGUAUAUGUGCCUCCUCGGGGUACGUGACAGCCGCCGUGGUUGACAAUGCCAGUCUCCAAGAGCGGCUCCUUGCAUAGUUGCACGAUCCUCCAAUGGCAGAGGCCAUUUAUGGAGGCCCGGAAGCCACCGCCAAGCUCGUGGCUCUUGCGGAGAAUGCUGCUCCCAGAGGAAGUCCCAUCAUUCUCGUUUGUGGCAGCACUAUCGAUGACAAGGCAGUCAUGUACCAAGCUCCCUACUACAGUGAAGAAAACGGUGGCUUGAUUGCAGCCUACCGUAUGACAACAACUUCAAUGUGUUGGGCUGGAAGCAUUGGUUGACUUAUGACGCCCAAGCCUCGGCCGAUCGUUUGACAAAGCUCAGGAUAGUGGUGGGUUCCAACAGCUGCAGCUGCGUACGAGAAACGUCCAAGGUGCCCUUGGAGAAGGUUUGGUUGGGAGAUGACGUUCCACAGUUUGACUUUUACGAUCUCGAGGACACUGGCUGCUGAAACUUCAUGAUUUGGCCAAGUUCUUUCAAAAAUUAGAAAGACGGAGUGUGAACGGUUUGAUUCUUAUGAGCAGGUUGAUACAAAAUGCACGAGAUGAUCCCACUUGGAUGCUACACAGCUGUCAAGCGCACAG